UGAUUGGACGUCAGUAUCAUUUAAACUCACUCUAGUGACUUGAAUAGUAGCAUCAAAGAAAAAAGUGUGAUUCUGUGUUGAGAAUGAAAGUGUUUCUGCUUGUGGUGACCACCCUGGUGGUGGCUACCAACGCCCAGGGCGAGUCCAAACAGUUCAUGUCACCGAUGCCAAUACCUUCGCCAUCGAUGCCACCUCAACCCUCUCCCGGAACUGGAGGCGGCGGCGGCGGCAAUGGAGGAAAUAUCAACAACUGCCCCCUGGACUCGAGAUGUCCCGCGGUGAACCCGGCCACGCCGGUCCUGCUGCCCAACGGUGUUUGCACCCGGUUCCUGAAGUGCCACAAUGGCCGUGCCUGCCAGUACGACUGUCCUCCGGGACUGCACUUCAACCGUGAGAAGCUGGUCUGUGAUUGGCCGGAACAGGCGUGCUGUGACCCGAGCGUACCUUGCCGUCCAGCUGACAACGGCAAUGGCAACGGAAAUGGACAAAUCCCAUCGCCAUCUCCAUCUCUGCCACCAACCUGGAACCCAGCGCCUUCCGCUCCGAUUCCCCAGCCACCGACCUGGAGCCCUUCGCCAUCCGUUCCAGUUCCUCAACCACCAACGAUGGUUCCUCGGCCACCAACUGCUCCGAUUCCCCAACCACCGACCUGGAACCCAGCGCCUUCCGCUCCGGUUCCCCAGCCACCGACCUGGAUCCCAUCGCCAUCGGUUCCGAUUCCUCAACCACCGACGAUGGUUCCUCGACCACCAACCGCUCCGAUUCCCCAACCACCGACCUGGAACCCAGCGCCUUCCGCUCCGAUUCCCCAGCCACCGACUUGGAACCCAGCGCCUUCCGCUCCCAUUCCCCAGCCACCGACCUGGAUCCCUUCGCCAUCCGUUCCAAUUCCUCAACCACCGACGAUGGUUCCUCGACCACCAACCGCUCCGAUUCCCCAACCACCGACCUGGAACCCAGCGCCUUCCGCUCCGAUUCCCCAACCACCGACCUGGAACCCAGCGCCUUCCGCUCCGAUUCCCCAGCCACCGACCUGGAACCCUUCUCCACCCGCUCCCGUUCCCCAGCCACCCAGCCUAGUUCCAAUUCCCAACCCACCAACCCUCCCCCUUCCCCAACCACCAACCGCUCCAGUACCUAACCCCCCUUCCAUGCCUCCUUCCAUAAUGAAAACGUUUCUUAUUGUGGUAACCACCCUAGUGGUGGCUAUCAACGCCCAAAGCGAAUCCAAACAGUUCAUGCCACCGGUGCCUUCGCCAUCGAUGCCGCUACCACCGAUUCCCUCGCCAUCGAUGCCACCUCAACCCUCUCCCGGCACUGGAGGCGGCGGCAAUGGUGGAAACAUCAACAACUGCCCCCUGGACUCGAGAUGUCCCGCGGUGAACCCGGCCACGCCGGUCCUGCUGCCCAACAGUGUCUGCACGCGGUUCCUGAAGUGCCACAAUGGCCGUGCCUGCCAGUACGACUGUCCCCCGGGACUGCACUUCAACAGUGAGAAACUGGUCUGCGAUUGGCCGGAACAGGCGUGCUGUGACCCGAGCGUACCUUGCCGUCCAGCUGACAACGGCAAUGGCAACGGUAAUGGACAAAUCCCAUCGCCAUCCCCAUCCCUGCCACCAGUCUGGAACCCCUCGCCAUCCGUUCCAAUUCCGCAGCCACCAACCUUGACUCCAAGGCCACCAUCUCCAUCUCCAUCGCCAUCCGUUCCAAUUCCGCAGCCACCAACCUUGACUCCAAGGCCACCAUCUCCUUCCCCGUCCCCAAUCCUUCCACCGAUCCCCUCGCCGUCCGUUCCCCUGCCACCGACCUGGAACCCAUCUCCGUCCGUUCCGAUUCCACAGCCGCCCGGUGGCGUUCUGUGGGGAUAGGUGAGUGUGGGACUUUGAUGCUUGUAUUCGAAUGUAAUUGUCAAACUGAAUCACACAAUAAAAAAAAAUAUCUGUGAAAAAGCAGAAGCAAUUCAA